UACUAUUAUUUUAUUGUUUAAUUAUAAAUAUAAGGACGAAAUUGUAUUUUUGUACAAAGUCAUGUGGUGGAAUUCUAAAACUUGAGAAUUUUACUGUUGAUAAUAGACGUAAUAGACGUGUUAGGAUUUAAUAUUUGUAUACUAUAAUAUAAUAUAAGGCCCUAUAAUAUAAUGGUCUCUGUUUCUCUGUUUCUCUUUCUCUUCUCUUAUGAUGUCGUAUGAGAAAUGCCCCUUUCAUCGCAGAAAACAAUCAUUUUCCUUCAUCAUUCCAGUCACGAAGCCCAACUGGAAAACGCAAUCUCAUCCUUUCCCUGCCACUAAACCACCAACGUCGCUGUCGCCCCAUCUUGAUUCGUUGCCGCUCCAGCGUCGGCGGGAUUACGCCUCACAUGAAUCUUUUCUUACUGAACGACUGGGUCUAGAUGUUGAAGAGUUGAAAUAAUCUCAUAUAAGAUUUAAUCUUCUAGUCGAUGCUACUUGCUGGAGCCUAAUCUGCUCUCUAAAUAAUCUCUAAACUUGCAUCAUACCUAGAAAAUGCAAUAAUUAUGCUGGGAGUCGGAGCCAAUCGAGAUAUUUCGGUUAACGAUCUUCAACAACCGCUCUUAAGCAACGUGAAUAUUGGUCCUGUAAGUAGUAGUAGUAGUAGAGCAGGAUCAAAGUGUGUGUGUGGUAUCUUUAGCCUUCUCACUUUCUCUUGGUUGAGCCCAUUGGUUGCACUUGGUCACAGAAAACCAUUAGAUCUAGAGGAUGUUCCUCAACUUUUCGGUAUCGAUAGUGUAAGAGGAUCGUUUCCCAUUUUAAAAAACAAGUUGGAGUUGGAGAGUGAUGAUAAAAAACUCACUACUACUUUCGACCUCGUCAAGGCCUUGAUCCAUAUGACAUGGAAGGACAUCGUAGUUACAGCAAUCCUCGCUGUUAUUUACACACUUUCUUCUUAUGUUGGUCCUUACCUCAUAGAUGCAUUUGUUCAAUUCCUCAACACAAGACAAGAUUCAAAACACGAGGGUUAUCUUUUUAUUCUCAUCUUCUUCUUUGCCAAACUCGUGGAGUCUAUAUCACAAAGACAUUGGUUCUUCAAGCUCCAACAAGGUGGAAUUAGGGCUAGGGCAGCUCUUGUUGCUAUGAUUUACCAAAAGGGUUUGAAUCUUUCUAGUAUGGGGCAUUCCCAUUCCAGCGGUGAGAUUACUAAUCUCAUCGCCGUUGACGCCGAAAGAAUUGGAGACUUUGGUUGGUAUAUACAUGAUCCAUGGCUUGUAAUCAUGCAGGUUGGUUUGGCAUUAACAGUUUUAUAUCUCAAUCUCGGGUUUGCGUCACUUGCUGCAUUAGUAUCCAUCAGUAUCGUCAUGUUGGCUAAUAUUCCACUCGGGAGACUACAACACACUUUUCAAGACGAGUUAAUGAAAUCUAAAGAUAAGAGGAUGAAAAUCACAUCUGAAACUCUGAGGAAUAUGAGGAUACUUAAACUUCAGGGAUGGGAGAUGAAGUUUUUGUCUAAAAUUAUGGAUCUUAGGAGUCACGAGACAGGAUGGUUGAAAAAGUUUUUAUCUACUUCAUCCACAAUCAUAUCCAUAUUCUGGGUUGCGCCUACUUUUGUAGCUGUGGUCACUUUUGGAACAUGUAUGCUUUUCGGGAUCCCUCUUCAAUCAGGGAAGAUAUUGUCUGCAGUUGCAACAUUUAAAAUACUUCAACAGCCAAUCUACAAUCUUCCCGAUACAAUAUCAAUGAUAGCCCAAACUAAAGUCUCGUUAGAUCGAAUUGCCUCAUACCUUUGUCUUGAUAACUUAGAUUCAGGCCUUGUAGAGAUAUUCCCCCGAGGUGAUCAUAGUGAUAUUGCAAUCGAGAUAACCAAUGGAAGUUUUUCAUGGGAUGUUUCAUCUUGUGAUCCAGUACUAAAGGAUAUAAAUAUCAAAGUUGCUCAUGGCAUCAAGGUUGCUGUAUGUGGUACAGUUGGGUCAGGAAAAUCAAGUUUACUUUCAUGUAUCCUGGGAGAAGUGCCUAAUAAGCUGUCAGGAUGUGUAAAGCUUAGUGGUAGCAAAGCUUUUGUUGCUCAGUCUCCAUGGAUACAGAGUGGAAAGAUAGAAGAGAUCAUCCUAUUUGGUAAAGAUAUGGACCGGAUAAGGUAUGAUAAGGUUCUUGAAGCAUGUGCCUUGAAGAAAGACAUUCAAAUUCUGCCUUUUGGUGAUCAAACAGUCAUAGGUGAGAGGGGAAUCAAUCUAAGUGGUGGUCAGAAGCAGAGAUUACAGAUAGCACGUGCUUUAUAUCAAGACACUGACAUCUAUCUUUUUGAUGAUCCAUUUAGUGCAGUUGAUGCUCAUACAGGAAGCCAUCUCUUUAAAGAAUGUUUACUGGAAUUUCUCAACUCAAAAACAGUUAUUUAUGUCACCCAUCAAGUGGAGUUCUUGCCGGCUGCUGAUCUUGUCUUGGUCUUGAAAGGUGGGAGGAUCAAACAAGCUGGAAGGUAUGAUGAGUUAUUGAAUUCAGGAAGUGAGUUUAUGGAACUUGUCAAUGCUCGUAACCAAGCUUUAUCAGUGAUUGAUUCGAUAAAGACUAGCUUUGGAUCUAAAAAAACAAAAGUUAUGGAGGAAGCUGAUAGGGUUGAAGUUGAAUCGAAAAGACAACAACAGGUUCAGAAAGAAGAAAGAGAGAAAGGAAGCGUUGGUUUUUUUGUAUACUGGAAAUACAUUACAACUGCUUAUGGAGGAGCACUUGUGCCCUGUAUACUUGUAGCAGCAACUGUUUAUGAAUUACUUCAAUUGUUAAGCAAUUACUGGUUGGCUUGGGCAUCACCUGUGUCACAAGGGGAGAAACCUCCGGUUGGAGGAUCUACACUUAUAAUUGUUUAUAUAAGUUUGGCAUUUGGAAGCGCUUUUUGCAUAUUUAUAAGAGCCAUGUGUCUUACAACAGCCGGGUAUAAGACAGCCAAUCUACUCUUCAAUAAAAUGCAUUCAUGCAUUUUUCAUGCUCCCAUGUCCUUCUUUGAUGCUACCCCCAGUGGGCGCAUUCUAAAUAGAGCAUCCACAGAUCAAACUGCAGUAGACUUGACAAUUUCAAACGCAGUUGGCGUUUUUGUGUUUGCAGUUGUACAAAUUCUAGCUGUCAUUGCAAUCAUGUCUCAGAUUUCUUGGCAGGUGCUCCUGGUUUUCAUUCCAGUUAUUGCUAUUUGUGUAUGGUUGCAGCAAUAUUACGUGUCUUCAGCACGAGAGUUAGCACGACUGGUGGGAGUGUGCAAAGCCCCGAUCAUACAACAUUUCUCAGAAACCUUGUCAGGUUUAACAACCAUCAGGAGCUUUAAUCAACAACACAGAUUUGAAGACAUGAAUAUGAAGCUGAUUGAUGGAUAUUCGCGACCAAAGUUUUAUAGUGUUGCUUGUAUAGAGUGGCUAUCAUUCCGAGUGGAGUUGUUGUCCUCUGUUAUGUUUGGUUUGUUCUUAAUUUUCUUACUCAUUCUCCCAAAUGGGACCAUCGAUCCAAGUAUUGCGGGGUUAGCAGUCACCUAUGGGCUCAAUCUAAACAUCCUACAAGCUUCAGCAAUAUGGAAACUAUGCAGCAUGGAGAAUAGCAUUAUAUCAGUUGAAAGAAUACUUCAAUACAUGUCUAUCACCGAGGAAGGACCUCUUGUUGUAGAAUCAACCAGGCCAAACAAUUUGUGGCCAUCAUUUGGAGAAGUAGAGGUACUCAACCUUCAGGUAAGGUAUGCCCCACACUUGCCACUUGUGUUAAGAGGAGUUACAUGCAAUUUUCGUGGUGGCACAAAGACUGGAAUUGUAGGAAGAACAGGAAGUGGUAAAUCGACUCUUAUACAAACACUCUUUCGCAUGGUUGAACCUACUGGGGGAGAAAUUUUCAUAGAUGAGAUCAAUAUAUCCUCUAUUGGGCUUCAUGAUUUACGCUCAAGAUUGAGCAUAAUCCCUCAAGAUCCAAACCUGUUCCAAGGUAGUGUCCGAAGCAAUCUGGAUCCACUUGAACAGUACACUGAUGAACAGAUCUGGGAGGCUCUAGAUAAGUGCCAGUUGGGAGAUGAAGUUAGGAGGAAGGAAGAGAAGCUUGAUUCUACAGUCAGUGAGAAUGGAGAGAAUUGGAGCAUGGGUGAAAGGCAACUGUUGUGUCUUGGUCGAGUGUUGCUCAAGAAAACCAAGAUCUUGGUGCUUGAUGAGGCUACUGCAUCGGUGGAUGUGUCGGCCGAUCAUACAAUACAACAAGCACUAGGACAACACUUUUCUGACUCAACUGUCAUCACCAUUGCACAUAGAAUCACAUCUGUGCUCAACGCCCACAUGGUUCUAGUCUUGGAACAUUUCUGCCUCCUUUCUCUUGCAGGCCUCAUUCAGGAAUAUGAUUCACCACUCAAGUUAUUGGAAAAUAGAUCUUCUUCCUUUGCAAAACUUGUUGCUGAGUACCAGUACCGUGGGAGAUCUACUUCCAGCCAUGGCACCUAGGACUUCUUUUCAUGUGGACUUACUCCCACCAUUAUGGUUGCUCAUCUUAUUAUAUAUAAAUCUAAAGGGCCUUAGAAACAGGAAUGUUUUGGCCUUUAGGUUGUUGCCACAAAACUUUGGUAAAUUUGACACUUUUCGUUCCUAAAGUCAAAACUUUUGGAUAAAUAUAAUAUUACCAAUGUAUUACAUACAUUAAAAA